UUGCAAUAGACAUAAACAUAAACACUACAUGACAGUUUUACCUAGUAUUCGGAAUACCUAGUGCACAUUGCCAGCCAUUGAUAAUUUAAAGAAUAAAAUAUCAUACUAGUUUUCAAGGUAAAUUGAGUGUAAUAUUGUUGAAAAUCAGUGAAUAUUCGAAGUGGGAACAGUGAAAAGCUACCACGUGUAGGCAGAACCUGUCAAAAUGGGGAAACCACCAAAAAAGAAAGGCGGAAAAAAGAAUGUUCAGAAAGAAGAAGAUCCCUCACAGAGUUCUAUGUCUGUUGAGGAGCCAACUUCUCCUGAUGUGCCAGAAGUAGAAGUAGAGGACGACUCUAAUCUGUCGGCAGCAGCUCGCAAGAAAAAAGAGAAAAAAGAAAAGAAGGAAAAGUCACUGCAAGCUUUACAAGCUUUGCAAGCAACGAGAAAACCAUCUUCACAUUCAGAAUCAACUGCGAAAGAUGAAGAGGAUCCGACUUCUAAGGAGCAGGCUAGUAAACCCGAGCCCAAGUCUCCAGAAGAAGCACCAUCUCAAACUCAAUCGGAGGCUGCAGCUAUGCCAUCACAAGAGAAAUCUCUACCAACUGAGGUAACCAAAGAACCACCGAAGCCUGUUGAAGAAGAAGAAUUCGGCUUAGGUUUGGGCUUAUCAGGCGCUAGGAAGAAGAAGCCUAAAAAGAAAAAAGCUGAACCAGUUCAACCAGUUGAAGCCCAGCAAGCGCCAGCUCCACAGCCAGUGCCACAGCCAGCAGAGGCCCCUAAGGCUGCACCUGCAACAUCACCGGCAGCAGCUCCAGCUCCAGUCUUGGUGCAGAUGCCAGAACCUGCGCAAGCUGCUCGUCCUGGACCAUGGAGCAAGAGUGGCUCUGGAAAAGGUCGUGGAUGGACUCCCAUGCCUUUAGGCACCAUGCCAGCGCCACAAAUACCACCUGUGAAUCUGAUACCGCAACCGACGCCAACUGCUCCAGUUCCUACUGGACGUGGUCCUAAAUCCAUGGAACCUACCAUGUGCCACUACACGAUACCGCACAAAAUUCCCGGUAAUCGUGUUCGGGCUGCCCAUAUAAGAGUCAUGGUCAACUAUUUGGAAAUGGAAUUUAAAGCUCUUAAAAUUUAUCGCUAUGACGUUAGUGUUACGCCUGACAAACCAAAGAAGAUGUUGCCUGAUGUGUUUUUAAAAGUGAAAAAUAAGUUUUUCGCUAAUGAACUAAUAGCAUUUGAUCAGAUGAAAAACUGUUAUUCAUUGAAUCCUCUUAAGAAUAUUACAUCGACGGAGCGGUUCCAUGCCACUGUCGAGUUAUUAGAUCAGAAUGGAAGAUCAAUAAAUUUUGACGUUUCACUGAAAGCUACUGGAGUCGUCGAUUUGGAAAAUAUUAAAAAUUACAUGAAAAGUCGUGCUUCGUCUCUAUGCCAUCCCACUGAGGAGAUCCAAUGUAUUGAUGUCAUCUUACGCCAGGGUGCGUUGGAGUCUUACGUUAAGGCUGGCCGUCAAUUUUUCAAACGCCCAUCUCGUCCCAUAGAUUUAGGCUAUGGUUAUGAAAUGUGGACGGGAUUGUUCCAGUCUGCGAUAUUUACCAAUAAAUCUUUUAUCAACAUAGAUGUUGCGCAUAAAGGCUUCCCAAGGCACCAGAGCGUGCUUGAUGCUAUGAUCAAAGAUUUCAACUUGGAUCCUACUAAGCCCCUUGAAAACCAACGUGGUUAUGACUAUUUCGUUCUUUUCGUCAAAGGAUUGAAGGUGGUUGCGACGUUGGUCGGUAACACGCCCUCAGCUGGUCAUCGUCGGGAGUUCAUCUGUAAUGGUCUGGUGGGUCCACCCAAUGAGCUUGUCUUCACUAUUACGGAAUCAGACGGACGCACACGAAAGACAUCCGUCGCGGAAUAUUUCGCGAAAGACAAAAAUUAUAGACUGCGGUAUCCAAGACUUAAUUGCCUGUGGGUCGGUAACAAGGACAGAUGCAUUUACUUCCCCAUCGAACUCUUACAUGUCGCUGAGGGUCAGGCAUUGACAAGGCAGUUGAAUGACCAACAAAUAUCAAAAAUGGUUAAGGAAGCAGCUACACCUCCUGAUGAGCGUUUGAAGAAAAUCAAAGAAGUGAUUUCUAAUAUGAAGUACUCGCAAAACAGAGAUUUCAAAAGGUUCGGAUUGGAGAUUUCGGAGAAGUUUUACACUGUUAAAGCUAAAGUACUGGAGCCUCCUGUUUUGGAGAUUGGAAACGGAAAAGUCACUCCUAGGAAAGGUCAAUGGCAAGCUAACCGUCUCUUGAAGCCUGAGGCACUUACAUCGUGGGCUCUCAUCGCAGUCGACACUGAUCCAAGGAACGAUUAUGGACAAAUGAUUGACUUGAUCGUUAGUACUGGAGGACAGAUGGGAAUGGCUGUAAACAAGCCUAAGUUUGUCAACGUUAACGCUAAGAUGAAGAUGUUGCAUAGCAUUCUGAUGAAUGCGUACCGUGAUGUGCGCUUUGUCUUCAUUGUGGUGUCGUCUAGAGGCCGCGAUGACUAUCAUAAGGUGAAGCAAUUGGCGGAACGCGAAGUGGGCAUUCUGACCCAAUGCAUCAAAGAGAUGACGGCGCGUCGUAUGAAUCAGAUGACAGCUAAAAACUUACUGCUGAAGGUGAACUCCAAACUGAUGGGUAUUAACCAAGCUAUCGACUCGCUGGCGAUGCCAAAAUGUUUAAAGGACGCUCCAGUCAUGAUCGUAGGGGCUGACGUUACUCAUCCCUCACCAGAUCAGUCGAAUGUACCUAGUAUUGCUGCGGUGACUGCCUCUUUAGAUGCGAAAUGCUAUAUCUAUAAUAUCGAAUUAAGUAUACAAACUCCAAAGAAAGAGAUGAUCGUGGAGUUCGAAGACAUGAUGUUCGAUCAUCUGAAGAUAUACAAGGAGCGCAAUCAAGGCAGAUUGCCAAAGAAGAUAUUUGUAUUCCGUGACGGUGUAUCUGAAGGACAGUUUAAACAGGUAAUGAACAGUGAACUUGCGGCGGUCCACAAUGCUUAUCAGCGCAUGGCAGGUAUGCAAAACAAGCCUGAAGUAUUAUUCCUGUUGGUGCAGAAACGACAUCAUACGAGACUAUUCAAUGAUGGACCUAACGUACAAUAUAACGUGGAACCAGGCACAGUCGUCGACACUGAUAUUGUGCACGCGUCUGAAUUGGACUUUUAUUUAGUGUCUCACCAAGCUAUAAAAGGCACGGCUCGUCCGACCCGCUACCACACAGUCUGCAACGACGGCAAGAUCCCUGACGAUGAAGUGGAACAACUGACUUACUACCUGUGCCACUUGUAUUCUCGGUGUAUGCGAUCCGUGUCGUAUCCUACACCGACCUACUACGCCCAUCUUGCCUGCCUACGAGCCCGAUCUCUUACUCAUGGCGAAAAAUUCGAUAAUCGAGAACUGGAACGUAAACCAAAGCGGCUUCAUGUUCUCGACAAGAUGCUGCAAUUCAGCCGCAUGUUCUUUGUUUAAAGCAACACAAAAUUUUUAAAUAGCACAUAAUUAUCAAUUUUUUAAACUCUGGAUGUCUCUUUACCUUUACAUAAAUGUAGCGCACACACAAAAAAAAGAAAAAAAAAACAAUGUUAAAAAUCUAUAAAAAAAAGUAUUUAAUGUGUAGUGGAAAUGUACCUAUAUUUGACUAGUCCAGUAUUCAGAUCAUAAUAUAAAAGAAAAAAUGUAUAAACGUGAUUUUUUUAGGUCCAAUCGAACCAGAGGUUUGGUUUUAAGUGAUAUUUUAAUUUGUUUUCUUUUUCAAUAUAUUUAUUAAAAUCAAUUUUUAUUUUCAUUUAAAUGUCUGGUAUAGGGAAGAAAGUUCUGGCUAUCAAUGGUUAGGGCUCCAAAGAUCUUCUGCCUUUUGCCCUUAAUCUAUCCGCCUAACGCUAACCUUCUGAAAUGGCAAUCUGAUUCCUUCAAUGAUUUCUCCCUUUAUGUGAUUCGUCGCUCGAGCUCGACGCACCAUCACCGUCGAAUUUGUUGAAUUGGUUCUGACAGUCAAACAUUUUUUGAGGGGAGGGAGGAGGGAAGCGGCAAAUUACUCUACCCUCCCUGGGUGAGAUGUGUAGGAAUGUUAAACUCUUACUGACUGAAAACCACCGCUUUCCAACUCUAAGAGCGCCUUCAUGGGAGCCCCAAAAUGCCGCCUGACAGCAGCGUGGCUGCCGCGCUGCUUUAUUUUUUAUUUAAAUAUAGUAACAAACGCGCGCCCGCAUAGCAAUUGUAGCACGGUACCGCAGCUACAAUUGCUCUGCGCAUUCAUCCCGCAUGUUACGUGUGCCAGUGUUGCCAAGUCUAUUAUUAACGAUUUUAAUUAGGUAUUGUUCCUUAAGUUACGUAAUCAUAAGGAUGACAAUUGUUUUAGUUUAGUUGUGAUCAUUUUAAAAAUAUUAUUGUCUUUAGAUUUAUUUUACCUAAUUUUUGUAAGUGUGAUGUAUCUUAUGGGUUUGAUUCAAUGAUUGUGUCAAAAUGAAAUAACGUUUAUAUUAAAAAAAACAGUUUUUGGAUUAUAAUACUUUAUUCACUGGUAAUUAUAAGAUAGAAAAA